AGAGGCCGCUGAGGGUGGGACACAGAUCAGAGGCUACAAAAGGGUCUGGAGUGGGUCUGUCCCCAGAGAGAUCCAUCACCACACACACACAGAGAGAGAGCGAGAGAGAGCGAGAGAGAGAGAAAGAGAAAAAGAAAGGGGGAAACGCAGAUCUAAAGAGGAAAAGGUGUCACCGGAGCCAGGAAAACGGAAACCAUGCUGUCGUCUUCUCCGACUAUCAUGCUGCCUGAGGUCGAGAUCAAGAAAACCUGCCCCCAUAUCAGCCCCAAGUGUAACCAACGCAAAGAGACAGCCACCCAGAAUAAUGCAAACCAGCCCGCAGAUCGGGUGUGGAUAAGACCCGACCUGGCCAGCAAGUGCACCUGGCAACUGGGAGCGCCUGUGUCUCAGUCCCCACACUCCCAUCAACCCACGGCCACGCUGCCAAACAUCCUCCCCAGUAUUCUCAACAAGAUCGGGAACACCCCCAUGGUGCGUCUGAACAAGAUCGGGAAAGCACACGGACUGAAGUGCGAGCUGUUGGCGAAAUGUGAGUUUUUUAACGCCGGGGGCAGUGUGAAGGACAGGAUUGCCUUGCGGAUGGUGGAAGAUGCUGAGAAAUCAGGAAUUCUGCGCCCGGGAGACACCAUCAUCGAACCCACGUCGGGGAACACAGGUAUCGGCCUGGCUCUGGCGUCUGCUGUGAAAGGUUAUCGCUGCAUCAUCGUUCUGCCUGAGAAGAUGAGCAAUGAGAAGGUGGACGUGCUGAAGGCAUUGGGGGCUGAGAUUGUCCGCACCCCGACGAGCGCCAGCUUCGACUCCCCCGAGUCUCAUGUGGGAGUGGCCUGGAAAUUGAAGAACGAAAUCCCUAACUCGCACAUCCUGGAUCAGUACCGGAAUCCAGGGAACCCCAUCGCUCACUACGACACGACUGCAGAGGAGAUCAUCGAGCAGUGUGAAGGUAAAAUUGACAUGAUCGUUGUUGGCGCCGGGACCGGGGGAACCAUCACCGGCAUCGCCAGGAAAAUGAAGGAGAAAUGUCCAAACUGCAAGGUUGUGGGUGUGGACCCAGAGGGUUCGAUCCUGGCUUAUCCUAAACACUUGAAUGAGACAGAAGUGACCAGAUACGAGGUGGAAGGGAUCGGAUACGACUUCAUCCCCACAGUGCUCGAUCGCUCGGUGGUGGACCAAUGGUACAAGACGAAGGACCAGGACUCGUUCGUUGUGGCUCGUCAACUGAUCCGGGAUGAGGGCCUGCUGUGCGGAGGGAGCUCAGGCAGUGCGAUGUGGACGGCUCUGAAGGCGGCCAAGGAGCUGGGGGAGGGGCAGCGCUGUGUGGUCAUUUUGCCCGACUCCAUCCGCAACUACAUGUCCAAGUUCCUGAGUGACAAAUGGAUGGUACAGAAGGGAUUCAGCUCUCAGCCCGAACCUGUCUCCAAACCAUGGUGGUGGGACAUGAAGGUGAGCGACUUGAAGCUGUCAAAACCUCUGACAUUGCUGCCCUCGGUCUCCUGCCAGAAAGCCAUCGAGACCCUCAACGUGAAAGGCUUUGACCAGGCUCCAGUGCUCAGCUCUGAAGGGCAGAUCCUUGGGGUUGUGCUUCUGAAGGACGUGCUCAGCGCUGUUCUAGCUGAAAAGGUGAAACUUUCCGACCCUGUCAGCAAACUCCUGAGUAAACAGUUCAAACAGGUGAAGCUGAGCGAUAACCUGGGAACCCUCUCCCACAUCCUGGACACCCACAGUUUUGCUCUGGUGACUCAUGAGGAGACCAAAGGUGAUAAGAAGCUGACAAAAGUCUCCGCCAUCACCACCACCAUCGACCUGCUCAACUUCCUGACCCUAAAGAAGAAGCCAAUCAACGGGGAGGAGAAUUGAUCAUUGGGGGAUGGGGAGGGAGGAAGGGAGAUGGGCUGGUGGGUGAGGAAGAGAUUGAAACAUUAGUGAUCCCAUUGCUGUGGUAGCUGGGAGUUGGGUGAGUCUCAGGACUCUCCUUUGGGCUGAUGGGAGUCCCGAAUGUACUUUGGCCCGAAUGCCUUCGGUUGGUUUCUGCUGCCUUGGGUCUGACUCCUGAUCUGGUGAUGGGUCAGUACUGUAGUAAAGUACAUUAUCUAGCUGGUGGUCUCAGUAUGCAGCAGUAAGUAGGUAGUUAAUCAGUUGAUGGAUCACUUUCUGGGGGGGUGGGGUGGUACUAAACCCCCUCCAAAGACAAAACAAAACUCACUGUAUGAAUUUGUGGGAUAUUGCUGUGCGCAAAUUUGACCACAAUAUACACUGUCACUCUACUUCAUAGUAUGUCCUGUGAAGCGUAGUGAGACGUCUCAACGAUUUGAUAAGGUGGUGUAUCAAACACUUUUUUUAUUAUUAUUAACUCAGGACAAGCUCCACACUGUCCCUGACCGACAGCUCGUAGUAUGCUACCUCUCUUCCUGGGCUGUUGUAGAUUCUAUGCUCAGGUGCCUGUUUUUGAGCCAGUGCGUUUAUGUCUGUGCGACACUCUGUGAAAGUACUACUGUAUCGUUCUUUCCUCUGAUGAAUGAAACUGGAGCUCGACACCAUCGCUCGGGAGAGAAACAUUAGAAACCUCCUCUUUAAUCUUCGUUAAUUCUCUGCCUUAUGAACUGUAAUCAAAUGGUAAAACGAGUUUCAUUAAAGGAAAUACUUACA